AGUGACGGAAGGUUUGGAGACGGUAUCGGAUCUAUUUGUCUACUACAGAGAGAGAUUGCGUCGGUUGAUCAGAAGGUUUGUUAGCGAAGCCGCGUUUUCUCUCAUGCCAAGCCAGUAGCAAAUCGUUGCUUCAAGUCCUUGUUUGAGCAAAGGAAGCAGCUACACACUUUUUUCCCAGACAAAAAAAAGAAGUGCCCAACUUUAGUUAGUUUCUUUCACAAUGGCAUCACGGGUUUUGUUCUCAAGCCAACUCACCUUCCCAGCGAACCGGCCGCGGGAAACCUCGAUCGCUCCUUCGCUAAGGCCUUACCGGAAUGUUCUCUCCUUCUCCUUCCGAAGUUCCGUAGACCGAUUCGCGAUGCGGAUUCGACCGCUUGCUUCCUUUGCUCCAACGGUUGUAGCAGAGGUUGAUGGUUCGAGAGACGAAGCAAGGAGGAGGAAGAAGCUUGCUGUGUUUGUGUCGGGAGGUGGUUCGAAUUUCAAGAAGAUUCAUGAGGGAUGCAUUGGUGGUGGUUCAGUUAAUGGAGAUGUUGUCUUAUUGGUCACUAACAAGAAAGAUUGUGGAGGUGCUGAGUAUGCUAGAAGCAAUGGGAUUCCUGUUUUAGUAUUCCCAAAGCCGCAACGAGAAUCAUCAGAUGCACUCUCUCCUACAGAGCUUGUGGAUGUUCUUAGGGAAUAUGGUGUGGACUUUGUUCUGCUGGCUGGUUAUUUGAAACUUAUACCGGUGGAGCUGGUCAAAGCUUUUCCUAAAAGGAUUCUGAAUAUCCAUCCUGCGUUACUUCCAGCUUUUGGAGGUAAAGGGCUUUAUGGUAUGAGAGUGCAUAAAGCUGUUCUAGCAUCUGGAGCUAGGUAUUCAGGUCCAACCAUUCACUUUGUGGAUGAGGAGUAUGACACAGGGAGGAUACUUGCUCAAAGUGCAGUCCGUGUGAUUGCUAAUGAUACACCAGAGGAGUUGGCUAAAAGGGUUCUUCAUGAGGAACACAAACUGUAUGUCGAGGUGGUUGCUGCCAUUUGUGAAGAGCGGAUUAUAUGGAGAGAAGAUGGUGUCCCUCUCAUUCAAAGCAAAGACAACCCUGAUGAGUAUUAUUAGAUCCUCCACAACAUGAUCUUUUUUUGAUUAAACUGAAUUGGGUCUCAGAUUGGUUUGGAAACAGUGCUUCAACCUAGUUUAUAGUCUUCAGGCAGUAGAAACAAGUUUUUCUCCAAAGUUUCAGAUUGAGAAAUGUUUCUGAUGCUAAAUUUUAUUUUUUUCCGGUUGGGUUGAAAUCAUACGGAAGCAGUGUUUUUGUUGUAUGAAACCAUCUUUUUAUUUUUAAUUCCAAC